GGGCGUGGCUAGCUUUGCCUUUCGCCAUGAUGAACAAAUGACCUCGCGGGGAAUGAAAUUUAAAUUCUACAAAGGCGAGAGAGUUCUUUGCUUCGAGCCGGACCCGACCAAGGCGAAGGUGCUUUAUGAUGCCAAGAUUGUUGAUAUUGUUAUUGGAAAAGAUGAGAAAGGAAGAAAGGUCCCAGAAUAUCUGAUCCAUUUUAAUGGUUGGAAUAGAAGUUGGGACAGAUGGGCAGCUGAACAUCAUGUACUUUGUGACACUGAUGAAAAUCGCAGAUUACAGCGCAAAUUGGCAAGAAAAGCUGUGGCUCGCAUGAGAAGAAAAGGAAAGAAAGGGCGUUGCAGAUUGCCAGGUGUUGAUUCUGUACUGAAGCUCCUUCCUACUGAAGAGAAUGAAAGGAGUAGUGAAAACUCUAUAAGUAGUUCUUCUGAUGAUGAUAGUGAUGAAGGAACAGAAGAGGAGCUAAAGAGUGAAGAAAGUGACAUUGAUGAAAAGAUAGAAAUGAAAGAAGAGCAAGAGACUCAUGCUAAAAGAGAUAUGGAAGAAAGAGCAAUAAACAUUGAAAUUCCUGAAAUCUUGAAAAAGAAACUUGAAGAGGAUUGUUACUAUAUUAACAGGCGAAAACGGCUUGUGAAACUGCCAUGUCAGACAAAUAUAAUAACCAUCUUGGAAUCAUACGUAAAGCAUUUUGCCAUUAAUGCAGCUUUUUCAGCCAAUGAGAGAUCCCGACACCAUCAAAUGACUUCACAUUCCAACCUGAAUGUUCAUUAUAUCCCACCAGAAAAAAAUGUUGAAUUAUGUAAAGAAAUGGUGGAUGGCCUAAGAAUAACCUUUGAUUUCACUCUUCCUCUUAUUCUACUGUAUCCUUAUGAGCAAGCACAGUUUAAAAAGGUGACAUCCUCCAAAUUUUUUCUACCAAUCAAAGAGAGUGUAGCAAAUUCUAACAGAAAUCAAGAAGAGCUUUCUCCAAGCCCACCUCUUCUGAAUCCAUCAACUCCACAAUCCACAGAUAGUCAGCCUGCAACAGGAGAACCUGCAACACCAAAACGCAGAAAAACUGAACCUGAAAUUUUGCAGUCUCUAAGGCGUUCCACACGUCACACGUCCAACUGUGAUAGGCUGUCAGAAAGCAGUGCUUCCCCACAGCCAAAAAGGCGGAAUACUGAGGCUCCUGCUUCAAUGCCAAAAUUGUUUUUGCAUCUUGAAAAAAAAACGCCUGUCCACAGUGGGUCAUCAUCUCCUAUUACACUGACCCCUAGCAAAGAGGGUAGUGCAGUAUUUGCUGGAUUUGAAGGCAGAAGAAAUAAUGAAUUGAAUGAGGUGUUGUCAUGGAAACUCAUGCCAGAAAGCUAUCCUCCAGGCGAUCAGCCACCACCACCUUCUUACAUUUAUGGAUCUCAACAUUUGCUGCGCAUGUUUGUAAAGCUUCCAGAGAUACUUGGGAAGAUGAGCUUUUCUGACAAAAAUCUAAAAGCUUUAGUAAAGCAUUUUGAGUUCUUCCUAAGGUUCCUAGCUGAGUAUCAUGAUGAUUUCUUUCCAGAGUCAGCUUAUGUAGCAGCCUGCGAGGCCUAUUAUACCACCAAAAAUCCACGUGCUAUCUACUGAAACUGUGGAUGCAGUCAGCUGUACAAACUGGGCAUGCUCCAUGUCUCCUAUUUUAUUGCAUUACUUCAAGAUCAAGAAAAAUUGGAAGAUAUAAUUAUAAUAUCACAAAUGCUUGCGACAGUGUUGUUCUUUUGACAUAAAGAAAAUUUCAUUUCAGAGCUAUGCUGAUGUUGCAUUCUAGCACUUGCACUUCGCUACCAGAUAAAUGAAGCUCUGCAUUGACUGUUAAUGCAUAGAACUGCAUACAAAUAAAGUAAGAAAAGGGAAGAGAUGCAUUAAAAACAGACUUGAGAAGAACUAAUUCAUCCUGUGUUCCAUGUUAUUAUAGCCUUGCUUCAGAUUGACCUCUCAUCAUUUCUGUUUAAAAAGUAAAGGCAGUUGCAUUGUACAGGUUGUUCAUAUUUGGGAUUUUUU